CUAUAAUUGACCUAAAGGUUGUAGAUGCCAAGUCAUAAAAUCACAAAAAAAAACCCUACAAAAAAAAACAAUUUCCUUUGAAAAAUAUGACCGUUCGAUAAUUCUUGCGAAAGUAAUAAUAGUAACUAUGAGAGAAGAAACACGGAAUGGUCAGCAUAAACUAAAGAUACCAAGUAUUUCUUAUUUCACAUUGUUCAGAUUUGCUACGAAGCAAGAUUGUAUUUUAAUUACAAUUGGUUUAUUGGCGAGUUUUAUAUCUGGAAUAUCUUUGUCCUAUUCCAUCACAUUAGUUUCCAAUGGAUUCCAGUCAAUGAUCAAUUACGCUAAGGCAGAUAAAAGUGCGGAGACUGAAGCGUAUUUUUUAAAUGAAAUCCAAGAUUUUGUACGUAAAUACUCGUGUAUUGGUGGUUUAUUACUGCUAGGAGGUUACUUGGGAACUGCGCUUAUGAAUAUUACGGCUAUUCGUCAGGUACUAAAGCUAAGGCAAGAAUAUUUGAGAGCGGCAUUAAAUCAGGACUUUGCGUACUACGAUCUGCACCAUACCGGGGACUUCGCUUCAAAGAUGGCAGAUGACGUUAUAAAGUUGGAACAAGGUAUUGGAGGCAAGCUGGCGUCGCUUAUCUACAGUUUAGCAGUAGCACUUGGUUGCAUCAUCAUGUCCCUGAUAAAGGGAUGGAAACUCGCCCUGCUCUGUCUUAUUCCUGCACCAAUAACAUUCUUUCUGGUCGGAUUGACGGGAUGGAUAGCCAACAAAUUGUACAAGAAGCAAUCUAAAGCUAAAAGCGAUGCCAGUAUGGUUGCUGAGGAAGCUAUAAGUUCUAUCAGAACAGUCUACGCUUUUAAUGGGCAGGAGAAAGAGAUAGCAAGAUAUCGAAAACACUUAAUUAGAGCGAGAAAUCUUCACAUUAAAAAGGAAGCAUUUACCGGACUAUCGAUGGGCACACUUUUCUUCUGCGUGUUUGGCUCUUACGCUAUAUCAUUUUAUUUUGGAAUUUAUCUCGUGAUAAAGGAGCCGAAAACCUAUAAUGCCGAUGUCAUGUUUUCAGUAUUUUUCGGGGUGAUGACAGCUUUAAGUAAUUUCGGUAUGGUUGCCUCUCUGAUGAAUACAUUUGGUUCAGCAAGGGGCGCCGGAGCCCAAAUAUUUCAAACUCUUGACAAUCUGCCAACCAUAAACCCCAUAUUAAAUAGAGGAGUCAAACCAAAUGAUUUCAGAGGAGAUAUUGAAUAUAAGAACGUUGUAUUUCACUAUCCAUCAAGACCGGAUAUUACUGUACUAAAAUCUGUAAAUUUGAUUAUAAAACACGGACAAACAGUCGCUUUGGUAGGACAUUCUGGUUGUGGGAAAUCGACAAUUAUUCAGCUUUUAUCGAGAUAUUAUGACAUAGAAGAGGGCUCUAUAAAAUUAGAUGGAAAUAAUGUAAAGGAUCUGUCUGUGAAAUGGUUGCGAUCCCAAAUUGGUCUUGUUUGGCAAGAGCCUGUUUUAUUCAGUACCAGUAUUCGCGAGAACAUCCGAUAUGGCUACGAAAACGCUACUAAUAGAGAUGUUGAAGAUGCUGCCAAGCAGGCUAAUGCUCAUGACUUCAUAAUGAAACUACCAUUAGGCUACGAUACAUUGGUCGGCGAGCGCGGUGCGUCACUAUCGGGCGGUCAGAAGCAGCGCAUAGCAAUCGCUCGCGCGCUCGUUCGAAACCCGCGCAUUCUUUUACUCGACGAAGCCACUAGCGCACUCGACACGGCUUCUGAACAUAAAGUACAGAAGGCUUUGGAUAAGGCAACUAAAGGUCGAACUACACUUAUAAUAGCCCAUCGGUUAUCAACUAUACGAAAUGUGGAUAUAAUUUACGUGAUGCAUGAGGGUCAAGUGGUAGAAUCGGGUAGCCAUGAUCACUUAUUAAACACGCAAGGCUAUUAUUAUAAAAUGUUUAAAACUGUAACAGAAGAGGAAAUAAAAUCAAGUAGCAAAGAAAGCUUACUAAGCGAAGAGGAACCAAUCAUGUCAAAUGAAAAGGAAAAUUUAACAAUAUUAGAUGAUAUUGAUGAGAAGAAAGUUAAAGGACCGUCCUUCUCAUUUAGAAAAGUAAUAAUGUUGAAUGCACCUGAAUGGAAACUUAUCUUUCUAGGCUGUCUCUGUUCUCUUGUAACAGGCUUCUCUGUACCAAUAUUCGUCGUUUUAUUCGGAGAUUUGUUUGGUUCUAUGGCAUCAAGUGAUCCAGAGCAAUUAAUGAAAAAAGUUGAGAAAGUAUCCAUGUCUUGUAUUUUUAUUGGAUGCGCUAUUGGACUAGCGAACUUUAUUGAGACGAUAGCAUUCGGUGCGUCCGGGGCCUAUUUAACAGAAAGAUUAAGAUUGAAAAUGUUUACCCAUUUAUUGCAACAGCAUAUUGGCUUUUUUGACGAUCGCUCGCAUUCGACUGGUGCUCUUUGCGCUCGGCUCUCGUCUGAAGCAGCUUACGUGCAGGGGGCUACAGGUCAACAGGUGGGUAUUAUUCUGCAAGGUCUCGGCUCAGUGGGUCUGGCUUUCUUUCUGGCGAUGUGGUUUGAGUGGCGCGUCGGCCUGGUAGUAUUGUGUUUUAGCCCAGUCCUUGUAUUCGUGAUCUGGCAACAGGGCAGAGCAACGGACGAGGAGUCUACUGGUUACGCAUCCGCUCUUGAGAAAAGUACAAUGGUUGCCGUAGAAGCGGUGUCAAAUAUUCGUACGGUAGCGGCACUUGGAUUGGAGAGGAGGGUAGUGUCCGAGUACACAAAUCUUCUUCUACCCGCCUUAGUAACCGCAAAAUGCGCCGCGCAUUGGCGUGGUGUUGUUACAGGACUAUCGCGAUCUCUUUUUCACUUUGUUAAUGCUGCUGCUCUAACAUAUGGCAGUCAUCUUAUUGUGUCUGAUGGAAUUGCUUAUGAGGAUGUAUUGAUAGCAACACAAUCCCUGCAAAUGGCAUCGAAUCAAGCGCAGAACGCAUUUGCAUAUGCGCCGGACUUUCAUAGGGGCGUUAAUGCGGCUGCAAGAAUCAAACAACUACUCGAUACUAAACCCACUAUUCAGGAUCCUGAAGAUUAUAUUAAUUUUGAAGCGCGCGGUGGUGCCACGUUUAAGAAUGUCGAGUUUUCUUAUCCAACACGACCCACUGUUAAAGUGCUACGGGGGCUUAACUUGCAGAUUGAUAUUGGAAAGACUAUAGCUAUAGUUGGGGAGAGUGGUUGCGGCAAAAGCACGGUCAUACAACUUUUGUUAAGAUACUAUGACCCUAUCUCAGGAUGCAUAAUGUUGGAUGACCUUCCUCUGACACGGCUGCGAAUGAGCGAUAUUCGAGGUUGUUUUGGCAUCGUCUCUCAAGAGCCGAUGCUUUUCGAUCGCACAAUUAGCGAGAAUAUUGCGUAUGGUGAAAGUAGGAACGUGACGCAACAGGAAGUGAUCGAUGCGGCGCGACUCGCUAACAUACACGAUUUUAUUGUAUCGUUGCCAAAGGGAUACGAAACCGAUAUAGGAUCAAAAGGGAUCCAGUUAUCAGGAGGACAGAAACAAAGGGUUGCGAUUGCCAGAGCUCUAAUACGACAUCCAAAAAUAUUGCUGCUUGAUGAAGCAACCAGCGCUUUGGACAAUGAGAGUGAGAAGGUAGUCCAAGAAGCCCUGGAAGGAGCUAAAGCCAGCCGAACCUGCGUAAUUAUCGCUCAUCGCUUAAGCACAGUAAGAGACGCAGACCUCAUCUGUGUGCUGAGCGAUGGAAGACUGGCGGAAGUCGGCACACAUACGCAUCUAAUGCAACUCAAGGGGAUGUACUAUAGUAUGGUGGUGAAAUAGUAAAAAUAAAAAAAUAAAUGUUUUUCUAUAUUGUGAUAGGUAUGGCGAGUCUGUCCAACUCAUUUAUAAUAACACUACGUUGAAGGAAGGACCGACGCAAUAAACCAAGAUAUAAAAUUUUAUUUUUAACAUUUUAUAUUGAUAUGAAUUAUCAAGAUUAAAUUAUCUAUUAUUAUAAAUAUAGUCUGGCUUCAAAAUAU